AAAGAAUUUGGUGCGAAAUAAAUGCUCUUUCGUCACGUCAACUUUUUCUUCUUGACCACCUUCUUUCAUGUCGUCCGUCCCUCCAGUUCGCUCGACGCCUUCGUCGAUGGAGACUCUCACUCCCCCUAUUACUCCGAAGCUUAAUGCAGACUCUACCUCACAGCCCUCAAAGAAGUUUAUUGACGAUCCCGAGCACGUCCCUGCGGACGUUAAUAUUCCAGAUAACUACGUGUCGUACACUCUCAAACAUCAAAAGUCUCUUCCCCCACUCGGUUGGGACAACUGGUACACAGAGUUAAACUGGUUACACGUUGCAAUUCUCGCAGGCACGCCUGUCAUCGGUCUCGUCGGCGCGUACUACACUCACCUUCGAUGGGAAACCGCCGUUUGGUCAGUGGUAUACUACUACAUGACCGGUCUCGGCAUCACUGCAGGUUACCACCGGCUAUGGGCACACCGUUCUUACAACGCGUCGAAGCCCCUUCAGUAUGUUCUUGCAUUCGUCGGCGCAGGCGCGAUCCUUGACCCAUACAACGCACACCGCGGUCUUCUAUGGUCGCACAUCGGAUGGAUGGUUGUCAAGCCCCGUCGCAAGCCUGGUGUUGCUGAUGUUAGCGACUUGACAAAGAACGAGAUCGUGAGGUGGCAGCACAAAUACUACCUAAGCCUUGUCGUGAUCAUGGGCUUCCUCUUCCCCACUGUUGUGGCUGGCCUUGGCUGGGGUGACUGGCAGGGUGGUUAUAUCUACGCCGCUCUUCUGCGUCUUUGCUUUGUUCAUCAUUCCACGUUUUGCGUGAAUUCGCUCGCUCAUUGGUUGGGUGAAACGCCAUUCGAUGACAAACACAGCCCUCGCGAUCACCUCGUAACUGCCCUCGUCACAAUUGGUGAAGGAUACCACAACUUCCACCACCAGUUCCCCAUGGACUACCGCAACGCCAUCAAGUGGUACCAAUACGACCCUACAAAGUGGUUCAUUUGGUCGUGCCAGAAGCUUGGCCUCGCAAGCCAUUUGAAGUCCUUCCCUGACAACGAGGUCCGCAAGGGUCAGCUUACCAUGCAACUGAAGCGUCUUCGCGAGACCCAGGAAACCCUGUCAUGGCCUGCUGAUAACAGUGACUUGCCCGUCAUUUCCUGGGAGAGCUACCUUGAACAAGCCAAGAGUCGUCCGGUCAUCUGCAUUGCUGGCUUCAUUCACGAUGUUUCAGACUUCCUUGACGAUCACCCAGGAGGCCGUCACUUGUUGACGAAACACAUCGGCCGAGACGCUACUACAGCAUUCUUUGGAGGUGUUUAUGACCAUAGUAACGCCGCACAUAACCUCCUUGCAAUGAAACGUGUCGGCGUUCUUCACGGUGGAGCUCCACAUGGUCUUGAAGAUAAGGUCAUCCCUCCAAGCCAGCGUCUUCGCAUUGCACGAUACAACGAGAUCGGUGGCAGCGGUUACAGCUCGGCAGCCCACUCUGACGGCGAGGGUCUCCUCGGGUAAAACGGUAAUAUCCUUCCCCGUCCUAGAUGCAGGAUAGAACUUUUAGACUUUUAUUACAUUCGACCCGCACCUAUUGACUCUGCAUAUAUUCUCUUGCUCGCAAUACCGGCUGUGCCAUAAAAAGCAUAUUGACGCUUUUCUCCCAAAUUUUCUUCAUACGAUACGCACGGCUCGCUGUUACGCCUUGUCAUGUUUGCAAUGGUAAUACGAAAGGAGAAUGUACGAUAUACAUACUUUGAUGUUAUGCCUUUACGGUUGGAACUGGGUUGUUAUCGCACACCAAGCAUGAUCACAUAAUUGAUUUUGAGCUGGAGGCGCUGCUGACUCAGCUACACAAAUGUCUUUUGCCUAUUAUUUCCUCACUGUGG